UCGUUAGGAAGCACUAUGAGUUGCGAGGUGCACUACGAUGCCGCAUCGCGGACCUGGUUCGGACCGCGGGGCAAGGACUUCUACGGUCCGGAGAUGACCCUGGGCGAGGUCAUCAUGCGCGUACUGCAGAUCAACGCUGACAAGGUGAUGCAGCACUGCGAUCCCACGGGCCAGGAGCUCACCGGCGGCCAGCUGGCUCAGCAGAGUGCCCGCAUCGCGCAGAGCUUCAAGCGGUUGGGAUUGCGAAGGGGCGAUGUCGUCGGGAUCUCGGCGAACAACUCCACCUACCUCACCAGCGUGGUCAUCGCGGCCCUGCUCCGGGGUAUCCCCAUUAACCCACUGCAUCCGGAGUUCGCAGAAGAGACUGUCAAGUACAUGUACGACAUUACCGAACCGAAGGUAAUCUUUUGCGAUGUGGAAAACUACCACAUAAUAAAGUCGGUUAAUGAGAGAUUGAUGAAUCCCGCCAAGAUUUAUCUGGUCAAUGGACAACUAGAAGGAGUGCUAGAUAUCACCAUGCUGCUUAAUGAUGACGAAUGCAUCACAGCUGCUGCUUAUGUACCCUGUCCAAAGUUGCACGGUGAUCACACGGCCUUCAUUGUGUGCUCCUCGGGAACUACGGGAAUGCCCAAGGGUGUAACACGAUCCCAUCGCAGUUUACUUUGCAAUUGCAAAAAUCCGAACACUUACACCAGAGACAGCGUGCUACUCUCGUUCAGUCCUCUCUACUGGAUAUCGGGAACCAUAAUCCUGCUGGCCUCCCUCCUCAACGGCUGUCGUCGCAUCAUCACCAAUCGACCCUAUAGUGUGGAGUACCUGCUCCAACUGGUGGCUAAUCACGGGGUGACCUUCCUGUUCCUGGCCUCCCACCAGAUUGCCCUGCUCUCCAAACAUGACAGCGAUCUGACGGAGCUGAAGGCUCAGCUUCAAUCGAUUCGGGUUCUGAUUGGAGCUGGAUCCAAAGUGUGUAAGGCGGUGUCUCGUCGAAUGUACGAGCUGAUUGGGAGCCAGAGGUUCAUCGUGGGUUACGGACUGUCUGAAAUGGGGGGUCUGAGCAAAAACGUGGGAGGGCCAGUGGGCUGCGAGGGCAAGGUCAUGCGAAAUGUGGAGCUGCGCGUUCUGGACAAACUGAAAAUGCCACUGGGAAUCAACGAGGUGGGCAUUGUCUAUGCCCGUUUGCGAUAUAAGUGGGAGGGCUAUUACCGAAAUCCGGAGGCCACGAGGAGAGCCCUUAGCUCAGAUGGCAUGUGGUUCCGGACCGGGGACAUUGGCUACCUCGACAGCGAGGGCUACCUGUACAUUCAGACACGAGACACGGAUGUCUUCAAGUUCAACAACUUCCAGAUCUACCCCGAGCAGAUCGAGGAGUUCAUCCUGAGGUUGCCCGGGGUGAGUGAGGCCUGUGUCUUUGGAAUUCCCGACGAGGCUUCUACCAAUCUCACUGCCUGUGCCGUCGUCCGAACUCAAAGCCUGGAAGGUGAACGACUUACGGCAGACCAAAUCAGGAGCAUAGUAGAACGGCACCUGAGCGGAGCAUACCACAUUCGAGGAGGAGUCUAUUUCAUUGACAGUCUGCCAAAAACCCCCAACGACAAGCUGCAGCGCAGAAAGGUCCUAAGUCUUGUCCAGCAACUCCAAAUUGAAGCUCAAUAAAAAUUAGCGGCCACAA